UAGCAGUAGCGCGAAACAAAAAUUUAAAAUCGAUUUUUCAUAAACCCAUAAAUUUCAUACUCUGUUUCUUGUACCAGCUUGCUAAACGGUAUGAUCUAUCAAAUGUUUUUGUUAAUUAUUAAUUCUUUUGAAGUACACUGUUUGGGUUUUCCAAAUAAGCGGAAGCAACUGGGCUAUGAAAUGAAAAUAUCUUGUUUUCAAUAUUGAUUUUCUCACAAACACGUUGCUAUCAUCGUUCGCAAAGCAUCACUUUUCAUCAGGAAGAAACCGUCAUAAAAAAAUGCCAUCGAUAUCCCCAAGAAACAUUUUGGUGGCAGUGGAUGGAAGUGUCUACAGCGAGAGGGCUUUUGCAUGGUACGCUAAUAAAUUCCGACAGGAGAGAGACCAGGUGGUGUUUGUUCAUGUUUACGAGUCCCCGAUCACUCCAGUACCAACAUUUGCAAAUUGUAUGAGUAUUCCACCGCGAGAAGAAUGGGAACGAAUGUUGCAAAAGGCAGAGCAACAGGCAGAAGAGAUGCUAUGCGGCUACGAGAAAAAAUGCACGGAAAUGAAGCUGCCUUUCAAGACUAUCUACGCCUAUGGACCGAUUGGUCAUGUGAUCUGCACCGUGGGAAAGGAAGAAAAAGCCGAAUGCAUAAUUCUAGGAAGUAGAGGACUGGGAACCAUUAGGCGAACAAUCUUAGGGAGUGUCUCCGAUUACGUCACUCAACACAUGACCAUACCAGUUUUACUAGUACCUGCUGCGGAAAAACGCUAACGUAAUCAAUUGCGUCAGCAGUUACACUCAUACUCGUUACAACCCCUGUUUGCGACGAGACUUAAAAUUUUCCUUUCAGGUCAAAAAGGGAUUAUUAUAAAAACUAUUAUAAAGGUGUGAAAGAUGAUGAUAACCAAUGUUACAAAAAUUCAUUUUUUCAAUUAUAAUGAGACUUCUGCGGGGUUGAUAAAAUAGGGAAUUUAAAUCAAGACAAAACAAAUAAAUUAACAAUCAUAUAUACCUUUGGGUGUUUUAUUAUGAAAGGUAAUAUACAACCUUUUGAUAUAUAUACACGUUACUCUCGAUAAUAAAAGAGUACGAAAGCUUAAAAUAAUGUUAGAAAACUUUCCCCACACACAUAUUUGGAAAAAUGAUGAGAUAGUCAGUAUCUAGAACACACAGCAUUUAAAAGAUGGACGCUUUGCAUCCUUGCGAAAAAAAGGAACGACAAACUGAAAAACAACUGAUCGAGUUUCGAGAUUUUGCCAAAGGCAAACCAAAUAUUCUCAUCGAUGUAAGGUGUAUAUAAUCUUGCAUACAAGAUGACACAACACAAAUCCGAUAAAAACUAAAAUAGUUAAUAGAGUUUUUUUUGUAGGUGUUUUUUCACAUUCAAGUAUUCUCAAUCGCGAUGGAGAUCAUUAAACAUGUACGGUUAAAAUUACGCACGGUAAAGUGUAUCCAAUCUGCUACUGUUCGCCACAGUUUUUGCAUCCAAUUCAAGUAUUCUCAAUCGCGAUGGAGAUCAUUAAACAUGUGCGGUUAAAAUUACGCACGAUGAAGUGUAUCCGAUCUGCAAACUGUAGCUAAAUACCUUAACUGCCUCUAAACAAUCCCCUAAAAUUGCAUUUCUUAAUGGAAAUGAUCCAUACAAAAAUAAUUUAUAAUACAAACGUACCGGAUUAAAACGACAGUAAUUUGUACAUACAACCACAAAGUUUCUUUCGAAUCUGCAAAUCAGUGUUCGAGAUAAUUUCUCUUGCACAAUUUACAAUUCCCUUUGUUUUUUUUUUUUUCUCCUGUUGGUACACGCUUUAAGGGGA